CGAAGCCCUACUUCGACUAAUUGUACUUGAUAUUUGUAUCCUCGAUAUGAAAAAGGGACACUUGAAGAUAUUCAGGGCCUGGCUCAGACACAUGCGAUCCGCGUUGUGCCAAUGCGCGUACUGUAUGUACUAAUCAUGAUUGCACACCUGCUACACAUGACCCUCGCAAUCUAUCCAUUCUCCAAUCCAGCAUAUCAUGGUCAAGCUCAUCGUCACAGGCUUCGGCAAGUUCGGUCCUGUCUUGAUCAACCCGACCACCAAGCUCGCGACGCAGUUGAAGGAUGACCCGAUCGUCCAUACUUCGUUUGUCCUCGAAGUGUCGGCGCAAGGCGUCCGCGCGGCGUUGGAGCCGUUGUGGGCCGAAGCCAAGGACGAUGACGAAACCACCGUGUUUGUGCACUUGGGCGUGCACGACGGGACCAAGACCAUCUUGCUGGAGCAAGUGGGGUACAACAUUGCGAACUUCAGGAUGCCGGACGAACAGGGGUGGGUGGCCCAGAACGAAGUGAUCGUCGCCGACCAACCGGACUCCAUCCGCACGCACCUCCCCCUCGAAACGUACCACGCGGCGUUGAAAGCCGACGGCCUCCAGGUCGAGUUGUCCACGGACCCAGGUCGAUACAUCUGCAACUACACGUACUUCUUGUCACUGGUGAAAGCGCAGCAGCGCGUGGCCAAGAACCAGUACGCGCUGUUCGUGCAUGUCCCGCCCUUCUCGGUGAUCCCAGAAGACGAGCAGCUGCAUUCGAUCAAGACGUUGUUGGGCCUUCUGUCGACGUUGGACGAUGCCAACACCCCCGUGGCGGCGCACCCUUAACUAUUAGGGCACUAUAUGUGGAUCAAUACUAACUAGUACUAGUAUUAACUAGUAGUAGUCAAUUAACUAACUAGUAACUAGUACUGUAGUCAAAUACUAGUCAGUGGGUUCUCUAG